AUGGACAAGGAGGAGGAGAAGAGCGCGUCUACUCGCCCAUCGCCUGCACGCAACACAAGCGUCAACCAACAGGACGACGAGCAAAUCGACGAACCCGCCCACGAGUCACAAGGUGGUAGCAAGAGGGCGAAGGUGGCCCUAGGGUGGCAGAACACGCGACCAUCCGCAGCGGCGAAGCAAUCACCGGCCAAGAGCCGCGCCUCCAGUCUCUUCCUCGAGCUCCUGCAGGAGAGCCAGACCGAGCACGAGCAGGAAGAGGCACAGGCCCCGCAACUGGACACCAGCAGCGCGGCCGACACCAAGAAGGCCCGACGGCCGCGCAGCCUCGACGAAUACCUCCACACCGAAGAGCAAAGCCAACUGACCGCUGAUCUGCGACGUGGCCUCCAGAAAGCGAAAAUGGAACAGUCCGCGAAGAAGCAGAAGACUGACGAGGCUGCGGCCGGCCCCAAGAAGAAGCGGCAGUCGCUCAUCUUCGAGCUCCUCACUAAUGGGCGCCGCGACCGGCCAGGCGGAGAGGGUGGCGGCGGUGGUGAGGCCGACGCGACCGCAUCGAUGGAGCAGCGCCAGCCCAAGCGAAAGGUGGACGAGCUACGGGCCACCGUGGGCAAUGCGACGCUCCAAUCCGACAACCAGAAGAAGAGGACCAAAACAAGUGACGGCAGCGGUGACGAGCUUGAGGAGGAGGAGGAGGAGGAGGAGGAAGGGGAGCGGGAAGAAGGUCAUCGCGCUGACGACGAAGAGACCAAGAAGGAGCGCAGGAAGAAGGAGAUCGCACGAGUACUCGAAGCGGAAAGAGAAGAGGAAGAGGAGCUACCUUCGCUCGGCUUCUCUGAUGAAGAAGAAGAAGCCCUCACGGCGAGUUCGAGGGCCAGCACCCCCAGCGCGAGGCCGACGUCACGCUUGGACGUUCCCGCCAGGAGCGCGAGGGGCAGCAUGUCCCCGCCGCCCUCACCGAUUGCUCGCUCGGCCUCGCCCGCAACGACCUCCUCGUCGAGCCCGUCGUCGCCGUCGCUGCAGCAGUUCUUCCACCACGUCAACAAGGUAAAGAAGCGAAUGCGCGAUGAAGACGAGAUCGACACCGGCGUCAAGACCCCAACGACGGCGGCGACAGGAGAUGAAGAGGCAGGGCGAGCCGAGCCGAGCGACGCAGUGUCGGGCGGGCACGGGCUCGAGGGCGGAGAGGAGGGCCAGCAGGCCCGGCUCGCAUCUACGCCUGACACAUCGCCCACCAAGACGCAAGCGUUGAAGCUGGAGUCGCCCACUAAGAACACACCCUCGCCGAGGCGGGGCGCGACGCCUGGCCGGAACGCCCCCGGAACCACGCCCCUACCAUCGCGCAUCAUUCGGUCGGAAGACAUUUCGAUGUUUGUCAAGAAGACCGGAGGCAGCAUUCCGCAGGGAUUUGUGAAUGCGUCGCAAGACCGCACCACCUUCGAUGCCUUUGUGCAGGAGCUGGAGGCAAGCGAGCUGGUGUGCUGGGGUACCGCCUACCGCUACGACACCACCAACUUCAGGCGAAGCGAAAUCCUGGACAAGAAAGUAUCGGAGGACGCCCCGAUCCAAUACAAGCAGGUGCUCGGGGUGGGCUUCCUGCCGGCGAAGGCCAAGCGCCCCUAUUUUGUUCCUCUCAACAUCCACGACAUCACCACGUACUCUGCCGCCGCCGCCGCAGCAGAAGAAGCGGCUGAAGCCGAUUCGGAAACGAAGGAAGUUACGCUUGCCGACCGGUGCGAGGUGCUCAAGCGUUUCGUGGAGUCAGAGUCGAUCCGCGGCAAGGUUUGCUACGACACGCAGGAGAGUCUCAAGCCCAUUCUCGCCCUCUAUCCGCGCUACGCUGUGGCGACGCGCAACCUGGUGGACCCCAGGCUGGCGGCCUAUGUGUUCGACCCGGAGAUGAAGAGCUACGACUUUCCGUUCCUCGCCACGAGCUUCAGCGUGGACCAGAGCCCCAAGAAACCCAGCACUUCGCCCAAAGACUCAGCCAACAUCAAGCGCUUCUUUCCUGACAUGUUAACGUGCUUCCGGUUGAUGACCAACCUGGAGGCGCGACUGGAGAAAGAGGACCUGUACCGUGUGUUCCGCGAUCAGGAGAUGCCGCUUGCCACCAUCAUCGCGAAACACCAGCAAGCCAUCCAGCACCGACUACGAAGCAUCGAGGAGCACGCACGGCGGUUGGUGGGCCACUCGGUUUGCCUCUCUAGCCCGAAGGAGGUGGCUCAUGUGCUGUUCGAGGAGCUCAAGCUCCCGACUCCUCGCCGCUCGCGGAAGCAGCUCACCGAGCAGCACUCAACAUCGGAGAAGGUCCUGCUCGCACUCAAGGAGCACCAUCCGCUCCCGGCCCUCAUCCUGGAGUAUCGACAUUGCCAAAAGCUGAUCACGACGUACAUUCUCUCCUUUUCGAAGAAAGCCAUCACGGGCACACACCGCAUCUACGCGUCGUGGCAGCACACGGGAACCGCCACGGGGCGGUUGUCCGUCACCGAACCGCCGUUGAGCGAAGUUCACAGUGUCGAGGCUACUGGCGAGCAGCCUCAGCCUGAUGACCCCAGCCUGCAGGAAAGGAUCGUGAUCAACGUGCGCGACGCCUUCGUUGCGCCUCCCGGUUAUGUGCUGCUCAAGGCCGACUACAGCCAAAUGGAGAUGCGCAUUCUGGCCCACGUGAGCUCGGACGAGUUCCUCAUGCAGUUCUUCCACGAGGGCCGUGACAUUCACAAACUCAUUGCCGCCCGCUGGCUCGGCAAGGAUCCCGAUGCGGUGGAUGAAGUCGAGCGUGAUAGAGCUAAGCGGAUCGUGUACGGCAUCCUCUACGGCAUGGGCGCACGAACCCUGUCCGAGAUUCUCAACGUGGACCACACCGAGGCCGAGCAGUGGAUCAGCACGUUCCUGGAGAAGUUCCCCAAGACGGCUCAAUUCCUCAAGGACACCGCUGAGUCUGCGCACGAGAACGGCUUCAUCCGAACCCUCCUCAACCGGCGCAGGCUGUUCCCGACGAUCAAUUUCGAGGCUUACGCCCACAAAGCCGAGCGACAGGCGGUGAACUCAGUGAUCCAGGGCACGGCUGCCGAUUUGGUCAAGCUCGCCAUGCUCUCCAUCGACCGCGCGCUCGUUGCCGAAGAGCAGCGCGAGCUGGUUGAUGCGGCUGUGGCGAGAGGUUCGACAAAAGGGAAGGAGAAAGCGGAUGACGUUGAGCAGCAGCUGGGCGAGUCAAGCCGUCCGAUUGCAGCCCUGGCGUUGCAAGUGCACGACGAACUGGUCUAUGAGGUGCGGGAGGAUAGAGUGCAGUGGAUGGAGGAUCUGAUGGUGCGGUGCAUGGAAAGCGGCCUCCCGAUCCGCCUCGACGUUCCCCUUCCUGUCCGCCUUUACCUCGGCACGCGGUACGGCCACAACAACGACUUCAGCGCUGAGCAUAACUGA